AAAUAUGAAAAUAUCUAAGUCAUUGUGUUGGUCAAGCUGUUAGUCAAAGUCUAUUAUUUUGAUUUUUCAAAAAAUAACAAGGAAAACUGUAAAUAUACGUAAAUCAUUCUAAUAAAUUAAACUUAGAAAACGAAUAUUUUAAUUUCAUUGUUCCCUUAUAGUAUAUUAUUUUUCCUAUUUUUAGAAAAAUGGAUAAAGAGAUCAAGAUCGAGAAGCAAGAGGAUGAAUUUGGAGAAUGUGAAUUAGCAACUAGCAACGUCAAAGAUGAGUCAUCCUCGCACAAUGGUUCAACUUCCAAUCAGAUGGUGAGAGUUAAGCAGGAGAAUGAUAGCAGCCAAGAACCAGCGCCAGAGUGCAGCACUGCAUGCUCUCCAACUGAUGAUGAUUUCAGCCAACAACAUUAUCUAAUCCCUGGCUAUAAUCUAAUAUUCAUCAAAGAGGAAGAAUAUGUUGAGCAAGAGGCAGAAGGAUGUUCAGUGGAGAGUGAACCGGAGAUGUGGCCUUCAAACUGCAGCACAUCUGAAACUGCCAAUGCAACAAAAGUGGGUGGACUGAAUGCACAUUUAAUCUCUCCCUUGGAAGAGUGCACAGAGCUAUCUUUGGCUGGUAAAAAGAUCAAGCUCUACAGCUGUGCUGACUGCAGCUAUAAAACUACACGGAUAACUUAUUUGAAGAGACACAUGAGAAAACACACUGGGGAAAAACCUUUCAGUUGUGAGUAUUGUGACUAUAAAUGUACUCAAUCUGGUCAUUUGAAGGAACAUAUCAGAACGCAUACAGGAGAAAGACCUUUCAGUUGUGAGUUAUGUGACUAUAAAUGUGCUCUAUCAAGUAAUUUGAAAAGACAUAUAAGAACACAUCAUAAAGUAGAAACAACUACUAGCUGAAAAUUUGUGACUUUACGUGUGCUCAUUCAAAUUCAGUUUACUGUGUUUCCUAGUAAGGUGGUCACUAAUAACAGAACAAGUGUGUUAAACAUAUGUGCGGUGUUGGGUGUCCUCCACAUACACCACGGUUGUCAUCUCACAACACUGAAAUUCUCUACUUUCUGAGAGGUGAUAGGCCAUGCUUUGGCACUACCUGGAGGGAGGGGAGUUGCUAUGAGUGGUGGGAGAGUAGUGGCAGUCAUCACCGUCGUUUUAGUGCAUGGCAACAGGUCAAAACUUGUCAGAAAUGGUCUCCUAGUGUCUUCCAGACGAGCCUUUGUCACUGACUCCGGUCUGCCUCCAGAUCAAGUGGUGUUUGGUUCGUCCUCUUAGUGACCCCUACCGGUCACUAAAGGUCACCUGACCUGUUUUUUUUUAGAUAAAUGAAAAUUUAAACUCAAAUAGUGCAGCAAAGAAAAAAUAAGCAUUAUAAAUUUGGAGAUGCAAAAACCUAACCUCAACAAAUUUUGCUGGAAGCCUUUUGCUGUGAUGACACAACAAUCUAUGACAAUAUGUGUAUCAUGCUUGAUAGUGGCCAGCCUUAUGAAAUCAACCUCGCACCUGCUCAUUAAAUUCAUUAAAACUAUUUUAGGUAAACCUUGUCUUUAUCCAACUAAAUAUUUAUUCAAAAAGGUUAAAGUGUUAACAGUCCGUCAAUUAUAUAUUAAAAACGUCAUAAUUUUCAUUAGAAAUAAUUAAGAUAUUUUUCUAUUCCGUGAAUCAAACCUCAAUUCACGACCCUCCAGAAAUAGGUUUGAAAAUAUAAGAAUGGAUCUUAAUGUUUGCCGGAGACAAUACUUUACCUAGCUAAUAAAUUAAUCAAUAAAAUUUCAGAUUACCUUACAGAGCAUAUUAAUCGAAAUUCUGUUACAUUGCUUAAAAAAAGAACUAUUGAAUAGAUAACUACCAGUAAAAUCAAGAGCAUACUGUUUGAGUGGCUCUUAUCUUUGUUUCAAUAAUAUGUUGGCCAUUUCUCAUUCUUUCUCUUCUCCUCCUUUCUCUCUUUCUUUCACCCUUAUUCCACUUACUCAUCAUCUUCUUUUAUUAAAUAUUAUAAUUAUUAUAUAAUUUCUUAUACUAUACUAUUAAACGAGCAACUUCUGUUUAUAUGUUUGUAUUUCACCGGAUCUCGAAAACGACUCUAACGAUUCUCACGAAAUUCAGAACAUAAUAUAAAUAUUCGAUUGCACAGGGAUGAGAACCUGGGAAAACUUGCCCAGGGAGUGAGCGAGUUUGUGUGUGGGACUGUGUCAAAAUUAUGACUCAGCUGUUGAACGUUUGUAAUCAUUCAAUCAGGUACUUAGUGCCGGUUGCAAAAAGCCGGGUUAUUUUCAAUCCUUAUUAAUUCCAGUAGAUUCG